UUCUUCCGACCAAUCGGGAACGCCGGGUCGGCGGGUGGAUGAACGCGACUGUCUGUAAUGGCGGAGCGUGGCGGGGACGGAGGGGAAGGCGAGCGAUUCAACCCGGGGGAGCUGAGGAUGGCUCAGCAGCAGGCCUUGCGGUUCCGAGGCCCAGCUCCCCCACCAAAUGCAGUGAUGCGAGGCCCGCCACCUCUCAUGAGACCUCCUCCUCCUUUCGGCAUGAUGAGAGGCCCUCCUCCACCACCCAGACCCCCCUUUGGACGGCCUCCUUUCGAUCCUAAUAUGCCACCAAUGCCUCCCCCAGGAGGAAUACCUCCACCCAUGGGCCCACCACACCUCCAGAGACCACCUUUCAUGCCUCCACCCAUGGGAGCUAUGCCUCCUCCUCCGGGUAUGAUGUUCCCACCAGGAAUGCCUCCUGGGACUGCUCCUGGUGCUCCAGCACUGCCUCCCACUGAGGAGAUAUGGGUAGAAAAUAAAACUCCAGAUGGGAAGGUUUAUUAUUAUAAUGCUCGGACACGUGAAUCUGCGUGGACCAAGCCAGAUGGAGUAAAGGUUAUUCAGCAAUCAGAACUGACACCUAUGCUUGCAGCCCAAGCACAGGUUCAGGCCCAGGCCCAGGCCCAGGCCCAGGCUCAGGCCCAGGCCCAGGCCCAGGCUCAGGCCCAGGCCCAGGCUCAGGCCCAGGCCCAGGCCCAGGCUCAGGCUCAGGCCCAGGCUCAAGCUCAGGCCCAGGCCCAGGCACAGGCCCAGGCCCAGGCACAGGCACAGGCUCAGGCACAAGCCCAGGCACAAGCCCAGGCCCAGGCCCAGGCUCAGGCUCAGGUCCAGGCACAAGUGCAAGCACAAGCAGUAGGCGCUCCCACCCCUACAACCAGUAGCCCAGCACCUGCAGUGUCUACUUCAACACCAUCGUCUACCCCAUCCUCUACCACAGCCACCACGACAACUGCUACUUCGGUUGCACAGACAGUAUCAACACCCACAACACAAGACCAGACCCCAAGUUCUGCUGUCUCAGUUGCCACGCCUACAGUUAGUGUUUCAACUCCUGCUCCUACAGCCACACCUGUGCAAACUGUACCCCAGCCGCACCCACAGACGUUACCUCCUGCUGUUCCUCAUUCAGUACCUCAGCCAGCAGCAGCAAUACCUGCCUUUCCACCAGUAAUGGUGCCUCCAUUCCGUGUCCCCCUUCCUGGCAUGCCAAUCCCACUUCCAGUUGAAAAUAUUGAUACCGAGCCCAAAGAAGAGGAGAUGACCGAAGAAGAAAAGGCUGCCCAGAAGGCAAAGCCAGUAGCUACUACUCCGAUUCCUGGCACUCCGUGGUGUGUUGUUUGGACUGGUGAUGAGCGGGUCUUCUUUUACAAUCCUACCACUCGUCUUUCUAUGUGGGACCGACCUGAUGAUUUGAUUGGAAGGGCAGACGUUGACAAAAUUAUUCAAGAGCCCCCUCAUAAGAAAGGAUUGGAAGACAUGAAGAAGCUAAGACACCCGGCUCCAACAAUGCUGUCCAUCCAAAAGUGGCAGUUCUCAAUGAGUGCAAUUAAAGAAGAACAAGAAUUAAUGGAAGAAAUGAAUGAAGAUGAGCCUAUUAAAGCAAAAAAGCGGAAGAGAAUGUCAAAGAAGUCCCUUAUGUGGAUUGCCCGAGCUUCUCUAUUUAGGAGAGAUGAUAAUAAAGACAUUGAUUCAGAGAAAGAAGCUGCCAUGGAAGCUGAAAUUAAAGCUGCCCGAGAAAGGGCCAUUGUCCCUCUGGAGGCUCGAAUGAAGCAGUUCAAGGACAUGCUGCUAGAGAGAGGGGUGUCUGCUUUUUCAACGUGGGAGAAGGAGUUGCACAAGAUAGUAUUUGACCCUCGGUACUUGCUUCUCAAUCCUAAAGAAAGAAAACAGGUGUUUGAUCAGUAUGUCAAGACCAGAGCAGAGGAAGAACGCAGGGAAAAGAAAAACAAAAUAAUGCAAGCCAAGGAAGAUUUCAAAAAAAUGAUGGAAGAAGCAAAGUUUAAUCCCAGAGCUACUUUUAGUGAAUUUGCUGCCAAACAUGCUAAAGAUUCAAGAUUCAAAGCAAUUGAAAAGAUGAAAGAUAGAGAAGCAUUGUUUAAUGAAUUUGUGGCAGCUGCAAGGAAGAAAGAAAAAGAAGAUUCGAAGACCAGAGGUGAGAAGAUUAAAUCGGAUUUUUUUGAGUUGUUGUCCAAUCAUCACUUGGACAGUCAAUCUCGAUGGAGCAAAGUGAAAGAUAAAGUAGAAAGUGACCCACGGUACAAAGCGGUGGAUAGUUCUUCAAUGAGAGAAGACCUUUUCAAACAGUACAUAGACAAAAUAGCUAAGAAUUUAGACUCUGAAAAGGAAAAGGAGCUGGAAAGGCAAGCCCGCAUUGAGGCAAGCCUUCGAGAACGGGAAAGAGAAGUUCAGAAAGCACGUUCUGAGCAAACUAAAGAAAUUGACCGAGAGAGAGAACAGCACAAACGAGAAGAAGCAAUCCAGAAUUUCAAGGCUCUUCUGUCUGACAUGGUCCGCUCUUCCGAUGUGUCAUGGUCUGAUACUAGGAGGACCCUCCGGAAAGAUCACCGCUGGGAAUCUGGGUCCUUAUUGGAAAGAGAGGAGAAAGAGAAGCUUUUCAAUGAACACAUUGAAGCACUUACCAAGAAGAAAAGGGAGCACUUCAGGCAGCUUCUGGAUGAAACGUCCGCGAUUACCUUAACAUCCACAUGGAAAGAAGUGAAGAAAAUAAUUAAGGAAGAUCCUCGGUGCAUUAAGUUUUCCUCCAGUGACAGGAAAAAACAAAGGGAGUUUGAAGAGUACAUCAGAGACAAGUACAUCACUGCCAAAGCUGACUUCAGGACGCUGUUGAAAGAGACCAAAUUUAUAACGUACAGAUCCAAAAAGCUAAUCCAAGAAUCUGAUCAGCACCUGAAAGAUGUAGAAAAGAUUUUGCAGAAUGACAAACGGUAUCUAGUACUGGACUGUGUACCAGAGGAGAGGAGGAAACUGAUCGUGGCAUACGUUGAUGACCUGGAUCGCCGGGGUCCACCACCACCUCCCACAGCAUCAGAGCCCACUAGACGAUCAACAAAAUAAUUCUAAAUACCCUUCCACGGGCUCUCUGUUAAUUGAAAAUGCUUGCAUGAGCCAAAAGUUCAGGUUUUUACAUAUAUGUGCAUUAGUCAACCUAUUGCAAAACCACCUGAUGAACAGAAGGAGAAGCAAUUGUGAGCAGUCUCUGAACAGAACACUUCGAAAAUAUUUAAUGCUUUUCUUUGUGUGGCAUGACUGACGUACAUACUCAAAUAUAGGCUGUCUAGUAAAUUUAAAAUCUCGAAGCUAAAAAUCAUCCUUUUAUGAGGUGUGGAAGUCAGUGACUUGGUGGUGUUCUUACUAGCAGUGUUACUCAGCAAGAUAGGAGCAUUUGUGGUUGGAGCUUGCAAAUACCACAGACUCCAAGAAAACUGAAGUUGGGGUUUGUUUUGAUUUCGUUUUGAAGCGGGUAAAAGAGAAAACACUGAAUUGAAUUCUUGCGGAGAUGAUGACUAUUCUAGUGGCCAUCCUUUGUCUCUAAGGAACACCUUAGUUGUGUGUUUGCUUCCGUGCUUUGACUCCCCCUCUGAGUAGAGGCCAAGUCUUGUGGAGCCCAGGAGAAGAUUGCUUUAGUAAUUUCUUCUCAGGUAUGAACACAUUCAUAACUAACAUGGUGGCCAGAACUGAGUCCUGGUAAACAUACUUUAUUCUCCACUGAGUGAUCUUUACCGAAAUUCUGAAUUAGACAACAAAAUUACCUUUCUGGGUGUUCCCUGUAAACUACUCCUGUUUGAAUGUUGAACUUUUGUUUCUAAAGUUUAAUUUUAAGAUGUUUGAAUGUUCAGUUUAUGUAUUUGAACUACAAUAAACCAACCCUUUUAUAUA